AUGGGAUCCAGUGUCGCACAUCAUAAAAAUCAUUCCAACAGCAUAGAUGGAAAUUCAACAGGAACCGAACAAGUUCAAAGUUCAUCAUCUAAUCAGACUCCGAUUAAAGUCAAACCUUCGAACAAUCAAAAACAAAGAAGGAAAACGUUCAGUUCUUUGGGAAUUCGAGGAUCUUUUGAUUUUAGAGGGUAA